AUGGCGACAAUCCAGGCCAUCGAGGCUCGCUCGGUCCACCAAAUCCAAUCCGGUCAGGUCAUCGUUGACCUAUGUUCCGUCGCCAAAGAGCUCAUUGAAAACAGUCUCGAUGCUGGUGCAACCUCGAUAGAGGUCCGAUUCAAGAAUAAUGGGUUGGAUCUGAUCGAGGUGCAAGACAACGGCAGCGGGAUCGCACCGGAGAACUAUGAGAACGUUGCCUUGAAACACUAUACCUCCAAAUUAUCCACAUACGAUGACCUCGCCAGUCUAAACACCUUCGGUUUCCGAGGCGAGGCGAUAUCCUCACUGUGCGCUCUGGCCGAUUUCCACAUCAUCACCGCGCAAGCGCAGCAAGCCCCACGUGCGAAUCGACUUGAUUUCGAGCAGUCUGGGAAACUGCGCAAACCGCAGAUCGUUGCUGGACAGAAAGGAACAACUGCGUCCGUUGAAGGGAUCUUCAAGAGACUUCCCGUGCGCAGACGCGAACUGGAGAAGAAUAUUAAGCGGGAAUAUGGCAAAGUGUUGAAUUUGCUCCAUGCUUACGCUUGCAUCAGCACUGGGGUCAAAUUCAGCGUCAAGAAUACCGUUGGCAAGACGCGGAACGUGGUGGUCUUUUCUACAAAUGGGAAUGCCACCACGAGGGAGAAUAUCGCCAAUGUCUACGGAGCAAAGACGCUUUCGGCGCUGAUUGCGCUGGAUCUGGACUUGGAGUAUGAGCCUUCUACUGCUAUGAAGCGGGCCGGAGAUGAGGGGCUCAAUCGAAUCCAUGUCCAGGGUCAUAUCUCACGACCUGUCUUUGGCGAGGGACGGCAGACGCCUGAUAGACAGAUGUUCUUCGUGAAUACGAGGCCUUGUGGUCUGCCGCAGAUUGCCAAGGCCUUUAACGAAGUCUACAAAUCCUUCAAUGUUUCCCAGUCGCCGUUUAUCUUUGCUGAUUUCAAGAUGGAUACCGAUGCUUAUGAUGUCAAUGUCUCGCCUGAUAAACGCAUGAUUCUGCUACACGAUGCGGGAGCUUUGGUUGAGUCCCUUAAGGCGUCUCUUGCUCAGUUGUUCGAGGCUGCGGAUCAGACGGUGCCGCAGUCACAGGUCAAAUCCAAGGCUUCGGCAAAGCAACAACCACUAGCAUCACUUCCUGGGUUUGUCACUGCUCGGCAGCUCAGCCAAAGCGCUGAAGUUGACAGCCCGACUCGAGGUCGGAGCAGAGAUAGUCCAGCGGAGACACCUGUUGUUAGUCAGCCGAGUGCAAGCAAGCGAGUCAUGAGCUCGCAAGAAGGCACAGAAAGCCCAUCGCGAGCGACAUCAUCUCCAGCUCCAUCUUUGAGAACGCCUCGUGCUGCAUCAAAGCCUUCGCCAGCUCCGACUCCAAUCCCAUCUGCAAAUGAGCCAGAAUCAUCUGCCGCUGAAACCACGAAUAACGAGCCUUCUUCCCUGGUGGAAGAGGAACUGGAGGAGCAAACACAAGAAGACCCAUCCUCCCAACCCUCAGCGUUAGAUGAGAUACCUAGUCACACACGCGGCGACCCAAAUGAAGAGACACCAAAUGUCAUUCAGAAUGCAUUUGAUAGAAUGCGUCCUCGACGCAUGCCUGCUGAAAUGGCUACUAUAACUAUUGGCGAUCGAACUGUCACUUCUAUGGUUGGGAGUGGUUUACCGCGAAAGCGGGCAUCUGUAGAUCCACCUCCUAUGAGACAACCGCCGCGGCGGAAGAGGCUGGUUCAUACGCCAUCACGGCCUAACAUUUUCGGCAAGCAUAUGCAGGCGUUUGCUGCCCCGGGGUCGCAGGUUGAGGAAGACGAUGAGGUGGAAGGAGAAGAAGAAGCAGAGGAGGACGUGGAAGGAGAAGAGGAGGAGGAGGAGGAGGAGGAGGAAGAAGCCGUGAGUGAGGCCGAGCCGAUGGAGGAAGACGAAGAAGGCGAAAGCGAGAUCGAGCAGACGCAAGAGACCCAAGAUGGCGAAGAAGAACCCGAUCCUUCACCGUCCGAGGACGCCGAGUAUAUUCCUGAAAAUGCCCCGCCUGAACUGGGAGGAAUGGAAGGAAACGAGACAAAAGCCAACCAAGAUGAUGCCGGCGCGGAUGACGAUCUCGAUGAAGCUGAGAAGAAAUCACGGGAAGAAGCAGUUGUUCACCGCUUGAUCCAUGAAGCUGAAGAGAAUGCCGUGCUACCCCAGGAAAAUAACGCCAGUCGUGCAAAUAAGAUGAACAAAGGCGCCGCCCAUCGCGAUGCCACUGUAAACCUCGUCAGCACAGUUGACGGAUCCGUCUCAAGGCUUCAGUCCCAAAUCGCAGCACUGCGCCAGGGUCUUCAAACACGUGCGAAGGCGACAGAUCAAGAAGCUACCGACCUCGACGAGAAAACUGCCGAGGACCGACUGUCUCUCACUGUGAGCAAGAAAGACUUCGCCCAGAUGCGCAUCGUAGGCCAGUUCAACCUUGGAUUUAUCAUCGCCGUCCGUCCAGCAAAAGAUGGCGAAGAGCUCUUCAUCAUCGACCAACACGCCUCAGACGAAAAGUUCAACUUUGAACGACUGCAAUCUGAAACAGUUGUGCAACACCAGCGCCUCGUUCGACCACAGCGCCUCGACCUCACCGCCGUCGAGGAAGAGGUUGUCCUCGAAAAUCGAGCCGCGCUAGAGAAAAACGGGUUUGUGGUGACGGUCGAUGAAAGCGGCGACGAGCCCAUCGGUCGUCGAUGCCAAUUAGUCUCGUUACCACUCAGCAAGGAAAUUGUCUUCGGCGUUCGUGACCUGGAAGAGCUCAUCGUUCUGCUGUCCGAGUCUGUCUCGCAUGAAGUCUCCGUCCCGCGGCCGAGCAAAGUGCGCAAAAUGUUUGCUAUGCGUGCUUGUCGGUCGAGUAUUAUGAUUGGUAAAACUUUGACGGGGCGGCAGAUGGAACGUGUGGUGAGGAAUAUGGGAACUAUUGAUAAACCGUGGAACUGUCCGCAUGGAAGGCCGACUAUGCGGCAUUUGAUGAGUCUCGGGCAGUGGGAUGAAUGGGAUGAGUUUGAGAAUGAGAAUGAGAAUGAGAGUGCCGGUUUGGAUCCUUGGAGGCAGUACUUGGAGGCUGAAGGGGAAGAGGAGGUCGAGGAGGAUGAAGAGGGAGAGGAAGAGUAA